AAAGAGGAGGAGGAUGUUACAGUAAAAGAAGAGGAUGUUUCUGGAGUGAAAGAGGAGGGGGGGGAGAUGACUGUCACAUUGGAGGAAGAAGAGGAGGUUGGAGAUAUGUUUAACACCAGAGAGAGACGUGACGAUCUUGCAUCCUCUUGGGAGCCUCAACAACCUCAUGAUACUGACGAGGCAGAGAAGAGUCUCUCCAGUUCAGAACAUCUCAAUAAACACCAGCAGAGAUCCACAGGGAAGAAAUCUCACCACUGCUCUCACUGUGGGAAAAGUUGCAAAUCUUCAUCAGAACUUAAAAUACACCUGAGAAUUCACACAGGAGAGAAACCUUUUGCCUGUGAUCAAUGUGGGAAGAGUUUUACUCGGCUACAAACCCUGAAAUCACACCAGAGAAUACACACUGGAGAGAAACCUUAUAGCUGUCAUCAAUGUGGGAAGAGUUUUACGACAUCUAGCUAUCUAACUAUACACCAGAGAACACACACAGGAGAGAAACCGUAUAGCUGUGAUCAUUGUGGGAAAAGUUUUACUACAUCUAGUUAUCUAACUAUACACCAAAGGACACACACAGGAGAGAAACCAUAUAGCUGUGAUCAUUGUGGGAAGAGUUUUACUCAGCCAGACAGCCUGAUAUUACACCAGAGAACACACACAGGAGAGAAACCUUAUAGCUGUGAUCAAUGUGGGAAGAGUUUUUCUACAUCUAGCGUUCUCACUAUACACCAGAGAACACACACAGGAGAGAAAUCAUAUAGCUGUACUCAAUGUGGGAAGAGUUUUUCUACAUCUAGCUAUCUCACUAUACACCAGAGAAUACACACAGGAGAGAAACCUUAUAGCUGUUAUCAAUGUGGGAAGAGUUUUACUCAGCUAAACAGCCUGAUAGUACACCAGCGGACACACACAGGAGAGAAACCUUUUGGCUGUGAUCAAUGUGGAAAGAGUUUUGGUACAUCUGGCUGUCUGAAGACACACCAGAGAACACACACAGGAGAGAAACCUUAUAGCUGUGAACAAUGUGGGAAGAGUUUUUCUACAUCUAGCUAUCUCACUAUACACCAGAGAAUACACACAGGAGAGAAACAAUACAGCUGUAGCCAUUGUUUGACCAGAUUUGCUUGGCUAAACAGCCUAGUAUCACACCAGAGAACACACACAGGAGAGAAAUCUCAUAGCUGUGCUCAAUAGGGGAAGAAAUACUCUGAUUAAACAUUUUUCAUGAUAUCAAUGAAAUAAUGUCUCAAUGUAGAAUGUUUUUAACAUUGUAGUAGGAGUAUUUUAAUGAAUGUCAGAAUGUAGAACCCUAAACAUUUGCCUUCUGUUCUAUUGUUUUUAGCCUCAGGGGAAAAUUCCAGGUUCUGAAUUGAAAGAGUACUAUUUAUGAGAUUUAACAAAAAGUGACUAACUAAAAAAGAGUUGUUACACUUACCACGUUGGUGACCCACUAGAAUCAAAAUGAAACCCUUCAAAAUGUAGCUGGUUGUUUUCUACAAAUUGUCUUCUAACCAGUGAUGUAUAGAUUAUUCCCAGAUUCCGUGUGGUUUUUGCUGUGUUGGUUUUACCAGGAUGUGCAACCUCAUCUACCCACUCUCGCAUAAUUUAUUUAUUUCAAUAUGAUAUCAAUGAGUGAUGACAAAUAAGUGUUGUGUUCCUUUGUUUAGCCACCCCUACAUUUAAAUGCAUCACUCCAAAAUGUAGCUGACUGUCUUCUGCAGGUUGUCCUCUAACCAGUGAGGUAAAAGAUAUCUCCCAUU